AUGGAGCUCUCAAUUGUAGGAUGUCACACAUGCAAGAAAAGAAAAGUCAAGUGCGACAGAAAUCGCCCCAAAUGCAGUCGCUGUGCCAAUGCACACCUUGAGUGCGCUGGCUUUGCCCCUAAGUUCAGGUUCAUCAAUGAGGAGCCUCGGAUUCGCCGAUCUCAUAAUCUUUCUGAUGCUCAAACUCAGGAAUACACAGCAUUAGCCAAGUAUCCUCGUCUGAUAACCCAUACACACCAAGCCUUUCAGUUUUGUCAUAUAGCGUUGUCCAGUAUUAACACGCUACCUCUGUCGGCAUUCCGUGAGGAUAUGUCCAUUACUUAUUUGCAUUCCAAGCUGAUAGGGAACGGCGAGAUAUGGAAAGGGCCAAAUGCUGCAGAAGAGGCGCAUUGUGGUAUACCAUCAAGUUGGAUAGACGAGCUGUUGCAGACUAAUCCCACAUCACGGCCGAAAUCUUGGUAUGCCCUUGCGGCAAUGAUCCUUGGUCAAGCUUUUGAUUGCAGGAGUACCAUCAUUAGAGCCGUGGAGCUCUACGGAACGGCCUUGCUGGAGCUUCACACGCGACUUUCUAGUGAUGAACAUCAGUUAACCGAUAGUACAUUAUCGUCGAUGACUGCCUUGUGUGUUUAUGAGAUAAUAGCAUCCAAAUCUACAUUAGGUUGGGUGUCUCAUGCCUCUGGCAUUCAACGGCUUUUAACAUUGAGAAAGUGUAAACAACAAAUGACCCAUCUUGGGGAUGCCAUUUCUGCAGAGCAUCAAGUCCUCCUGGUAUGUGGCCAUCACGCCGCCCAACGUUCGGAAAGGUCGUAA